GCCUAGCCAAAAUCGACCUGACGGCCAGCUUACUGUAGAUAGUUUUCACGAACUGCGCCAGAAGAGAGAAAGAAGCCGGGAGUCGCGCAUUGAUCGCUUUGGCGGCGACGGCACGCUUUUGUCGUGUGUACAUACCUAUAUAUAUUCGUGUGUGGAUAUAUAGCGAGAGGAGGUCGUUGCAGAAUUAAUCGAAGAGGGGAAGAAACGCCCAGAGAGAGAGAGAGAGAGAGAGAGAGAGAGGAAGGAUAGUAAGCUACUCAGUCGACGCCGAGUGGGCUUCGUCGACGGCUGCUUCUGAGCCUCAAGGACACUAGCACCAGGAUAACGACGACGAAGCCGACAGAGAGACCACGAGUCGCCCGAAUACAUCAAGGUCAAAAGCGUUUGCUCGCUUUAUAAAAAAAGAACAAAACAAACUACCUAGUGCAAAAAGUAUAUAAGUUUACAGUUUGCGUUUCGAUAUGUAAUUGUAGUUUGUGUUGUGCUCUAGUUAAAAAGAAAAACAAAGUUUAAGUUUACUCUAAAUUAUAGUUUACCAAAAAAGGUUGAAAAAAAAUGGCUGCAGCCAGCAAACCAAGUAAAGUUUGUAAGUCGCGAACAAGUUACCGGGAGAAAAGUUUUUUUGAAAAUGUACGUGAGAGUCGAAGUAAAAAGUCUAAGUCCGUGUCAGUAUCAGUAAAUCGCAAGUUUAAGUUUUCGUGUUUGUUACGAGACUUAGCACGAGAAAAAGUUUCACGUGACCACAUGCUCGUUGAAACAUUUUCGUGCGUUACAACAUCAAGAGCAAAACCCGCAUGGGCUCUUAUCGACACAGGUAAGCCCAGCCAGCCAGCGGCUGAGUAUGGCUUUAAACAGUCAUAGUUCAGUGAGUACAUAAACUAGCCAUUACCAAAACAAAUAAAGAACAAUUCAAAAUUUAAUUAUUUCCAGCUCAAAGUCAUAGAUUGGAUCAUCCAUCUAGUGGCUUUGUGCAGGGCAUCACGUAUUUAACACAGGUCGAACCCAUUACUCAUUGUUCUUCCCUGUUGAAAAAAAUAGCUAAAAACCUGGUGAUCAUUCUCUCUUUGUUUUUAAUUAUUAAAAUUCGUUCUGAAUUUUGCAAAACAAUGUAUGGGCAUUGCCAGAUCAUCAAAUGUUCCGCGUGACUUCAAUCAUUUCAACAGUCCUAGUUCGCCAGUUUUUUGAGCCAUCAUUGCCAUCAUGAUCAUCAUUUCAUUCUCAUCACAUGAAUAAUCAUUUACCAACAGCCAUCCUUAAAAAAAAGCAAAAAUAUACUUGCUGAUCUCUAUGUUGAUCCAGGGUGACAAAAGUGAAAACUCACCACGAGCUGUUUUUUCUAACUCUUUAUGACUUGUUUCCAGGCUGAGUUAGCAGUUUAACUCUACAAGACACAAAGCCCAGCUGAGAAGAUGUCGGACUCAGGCUCAGAAAGCUCAUCUUCUGAGAGCAAUAACGAAGAACGCCCUGGAGCCAUUACUCCUGAUGGCUCGGCUUCACUGCAUUCCCGGGGUCGCUCCAAAACUCCGGACGGCAGCAGCUACCGCGGCUCUGGCCCCGCUUCUUCUGCCUCGGGCCCAGCCUCGCCGGCCUCAGGACCACCAGCCUCACCUCCAUCUGGCCCGGCAUCGCCGACCUCGGAUCCGGCCUCUCCAGUUUCGGGUCCGGCCUCGCCUACCUCCGGUCCAGCCUCGCCACCUUCUGGUCCAGCAUCGCCAACUUCAGGGCCAGCUUCACCUGCAUCUGGUCCAGCAUCGCCAACUUCGGGCCCAGCAUCGCCAACUUCAGGCCCAGCAUCGCCUGCUUCGGGCCCGGCAUCGCCUGCCUCGGGUCCAGCUUCGCCUGCUUCAGGACCAGCCUCUCCUUCUUCGGCACCUGCCUCACCAGAAGAAGCGUAUCCAAAGUCAGCAGGGUCAUCACCUAAAUUUCAAGAGCGUGACUAUGAUAUCCCAGGUUCCCCAAAAGUAGAGGAAGAGGACGACGAAGAAGAAGGGGCCAUCUCGGAGCGUAGCUCUUGUCCUCACUCGCCCAAGAACUUCCACUAUGAGGAAUCCGGGGACGAAGAACAUCAACAUCACGCGCACUCGGACGAUGCGAGGUCGGUUCACUCGGGCGAUGACAGGUCCAGUCCAGCAUCUCCUAACUGUCCCCAUAUGGAGGAUCCGGCUUCACCCAUAGCGCAAUACCAUUCAGCACCUGCCUCGCCAACCUCUCAGCACAGCUUAUCUAAGUCGCCCUAUAACAAGAAGCCAUACCGCUCGACACCUUCCCCGCCAGCUUCGCCUACUGGUUCGGUUCACUUCAGUCCAAAAUCAGGACGCAGCCCUACGACCAAGAAGCACAAGUCAAAGAAGAAAAAGAAGAAACACCCACGUUCGCCCUCACCUAUGGAUCAUCUAUCAGACGACAUACCUGGAAGUCCACAGCUUUCUCAUAGUGAGAAUCUUUCAGAAGUUUCGGAUCACGACAGCGUUGAUGAUGAUUCUAGGAGGGGCAGAGCCAUGAGAAAAAGAAAGAAGGCAAUGUCCGAGGCAAACUCGAAUGGACCUAGUAUCGAGAAGCGCAAGGAAGAAGAGCGAAGAAGCGAAGAGAAGAACGCAGCUGCUACUUUGGCAGACGAAUCCGAGCAAUUGGAUUUUGAAGCCGACGGCCAGUGGAAGGAUGUCAAGGAGGACGGUGAAAUGGAAGUGAAGGUGCCUAAAGAAAUUAAGGAGACAAAAAUACCUGAGAAAGAGAACAACGUGGAACCGAAAAGCAAAGAGGAAAAAGCUAAGGAGAAGGCUGAGAAAAAAGAUAAGAAGAGCAAAGAUAAGGAAAAUGAGAAAGCAAAGGGAAAAGCAAAAGAUAAAGAAUCAACUCGUGAAGCCGGCGAAAUACACGAUGACAAAGAUGAGGAUGGUGAGAAAGAAUCUGAGUUGGAGGAAGGUGAGCUCAGUGAUGGUGAUGAGGCCCGACCUGAAGAGACCGAGCCUAGGCCAGUGUGUCGAUUUUACAACCGCGGCCAGUGUACCUGGGGUGUAAGCUGCCGUUUUUUGCAUCCGGGUGUCACUGACAAGGGCAACUACACAAUGUUUGAUAUGGUGCGACCUAUGGCCUAUCCGCCACCACAUGGACCAGCACCCCACGAGUUUAGGCCACACAUCGAGAGACCGCCUAUGGCAAGACCCCCAGUGCCAUAUGGACCGCCAAUGCCUCAUCACCCGCCAAAAGCUGCGCCCGACGAGGCUGUGUCCGAGAGCGCUUGGGAGCGCGGACUCAGGCACGCCAAGGAGAUGCGUAGUCGGCGACCUGCAAAAUGGAAGGGACAGCAAAUUUUAAAACUACUUAUGAUGCGGAAGGCUAACAAACGGAAGGAAACUGACAUGGACUUUGAGGAAAAGAAGAUGAAUUUAGGUCUAGGCCAAGACGACUUGGACCGUGAAGCCGGUUACUACGUCAGGCCGGCCAGUCCCGAACCACCUACCGAGAGGUGGCCGCCGCAGCGCGAACCACCACCACCACCUACCAGACGAGGAGCACCAAGGGUAACCCCGGAUUACUAUGCAGAAGAACCCGAGCCAUACUAUCACGGCGGAGGUCCACCGCCUGAACAUUACAGGAGGGUGCAUUAUAAAGAAGGACGCGGUCCCCCUCCUCCUCCUGAGUAUCGCGAGCGCGUCGACUAUCACAUGGUGCCUCGCGGUACUCCUCACUCGAUCUCACCUUCUCCACAUCCUCCAGAUCCACGCGAGCGCGAGUAUUAUCGCAGCAGUGGUUCUAGCAGCAAGUACGAGAAGAAGCACAAGCGUCCGUCUCGCGAGGUUAUAGUCGAGCGCAUACCUACCUCGGCGAAGACUUAUCGCGAAGAAGAUAUAGUACCGGUAGAGCGUGGUAGAGGUGACGAAUGGGCUGAUCCCUGGAUGAGGCGCAAGUCCCCUGGAAGCUUGAGAAGAAGACACGGCACUUCGUCCAGCAGAAGAUCCAGAAAGCAGUCUUAUUCCUCGGGCUCGUCCUAUUCUUCAUCGAGCUCUAGCCGUAGCUCGAGUCGCACUAGCUACAGUUCUUAUGAAUCCGUCUCCAGGUCCCGUUCCCCAUCUCCCCCCUCCAGGUCCAGAGUCAGCAGCAAGAAAAUCCCACCACCCUCCCCGCCCCCGAGCUCGCUGCCUUCAUCGCAUCAUCGUAGUGGUGGUGCAGCUGCGGCGAUGCUAAUGAACCCACCGGCACCCUCACCACGAGGUUCUUCCAAAUUGACCUCCUCACCAUCGGUGCAUCGUCGGGCUCUCAAUCCACCGGCACCAAGUCCACUUAUCAGCAGCAGCCAAGCAAAGAGAACCGCGCUCGCCGCAGCAGCCGUUGCUAAGGUUAUCAAGAGCCACUCUAGGUCUAGGUUGCUGCAAGAAAUUGGGGAUCGUAAGACGUUGUUAUGGAACGCAUACUUGUCAGGGCUCGAUGUUGGCAGUGACAAGCAGUCUGACACAAGAGAGAAACUAAAGCGGUCCUCUCAGAGCAGCUCAGGCUCGGACAGCAGCGGCAGUUCCUCGGAUUCCUCGGACUCAUCGUACUCGUCGUCUUCCUCAGCGGAGGUUCGUCGCCGCAAGAUCACCUCACCUCUCGGUCGCAAAGACUUGAAGGAGGUACUGAAGCUUAGCGCCUCGAAGCUAAAGCAGCACGCCGUUGCUGCUGUUGCAAAAAAGAUUGAGCGCAGCUCUUCGAUAGCCGGCAAAAAGCGAUCAAUCGAAUCACCACCUUUGGACAAGGCUGCAAAAGCAAAGGCCGCGAAAAAUGCUAGUACCAGGCGCGAGGAACUGCUCAAGCAACUUAAAGCCGUCGAGGACGCCAUUGCCAGGAAACGCUCCAAAGUCUGAGGAAUUAAUACGAAGAAAAGAAGCUGCCUCUCAUAGUGUUGUUCGCGAGGGUGAACGCCCCUUUUCGUCCUAUGAUCUUUUUAGCGGGGUGAAGGGGAGGGGGGGGGUAAUGUCAGUGGCAAUAACGACGCAUAAUCGUAUACACCAGGUAUAGUGUCAUGUGCGCUGUAUGAAUGUUUUCUAUAUAUAUUACGAUUACGAAUAUGUACUACACAUCAUCGCCUGGUGAGAUUAGAAGAAAAUAUGUGAGAAUGAGUAUCGCGGCAUAAACUGGAAUACAACCGCCUGGAUUUUUCGCCGCCUUCUAUCGAUGCACGAUUAAUUGCUAUAUGUUUUUAUCGUUUGUUUAUUGAUUAAAAUUCAAUAGUCGGUUAUAAUAGCUGCCAUUGGAGCGUACGUCGUCUCCGAGAUCAUCCCCCGAUUGUGCGAAACUUCAUGACAUAAAGCGAGCGCGCUUCUUUUUACAUUCACUACGAUUGUUCACACUCCAAUUUUACGUGUGCAUGCAUGCACAUUCAAAACGCGAGAAUUUUUCCACUUUGAUAAGUGCGAGAGCGCUUCCCUCACGAGAUAUGUGGUAGUGAUAUCGUGUCGAGAAUAUAAAGAAGUUCAGAAUGAAUUUUUUGCCAACCGUGCACGGGGGCUUUGAAUUUGAUGUUCUUAAUUUUCGGCUAGAAAUUAAGGAACUUCUUCGACCUGUCGAGCUAUUUACUUGUAUACUAUGAACAGAAAUUUGGACAAUUUCGGAUUUUAUUGUUUACCUUCUCUCCGAUAACUAAUGGAUAAGUGUAGUUGAUCCUUUCGAUUGUAAUUUAGAUGAGACGGAAAAAAUGCUUUAUUACACAUCCAGGCCCGCUUGGUAGAACGAUUGUUUAUACUUUAGUUUCAAGAGUAAAUCGUAAUGUAUAAAGCAAAGGAGUUGUUUUAUGUAUCACGUGUGUGCACUUAAGCUCAAUUAAGUUUUACGUUGCUACAAAAAUUUAUUUCUUUGUAAAAAAAUAUUUGCAACAAAUACCUCUUAAGGAUAAUAAAUAAUUUUGUAAAAGAGACAUCGAUUGUUUACAAUAUUUAUUCCGUAAUUGUUUUUGUAUUUUUUGCAAUACCAAAUAUAAGUACAUUUAUUCUUCAAAAUAUUGUUGCUUAGUCUCUAGUUUUGAUGAAGCGUUAGAAAUGAGUAUCUUUUUGUAAAAAAAAUAAACUGGAAACUUAAAUACAAA